CAUCAUUGUUGCACGUUGCCUGACGUCUACAGUGGAGUUUGCAGAGUCCGGUCGGUUCGGAAAGAUCCGAGCCAGCCAGUGUUUCUGCGGGUGACAGAGGCCCGCUGGGUUCGGCCCGCAUCGAGCAGUCGUGUCGUGGGACUGCGUGAGCGUGCGGGACUUCUCUGCGGGUGACGUCCGAGGCCUUUUUGUUUUGGACACAUCCGAGGCCUCCCGAAACCAGCCGAGCGGGUUAAAUAGCCAUCGGCGCCGCAGAUUGAUGCCGGACUCCGGCGGGCCAACCAUGGAGCUCUGACGGAGCCGCUCGGCCCAGCAGCAGGUCCGGGAGUUUAGGAUCCGUUUCAGAUCCGGCUCGUGGUUCCGUCCAGCGUCCGCAAAGAUGUGGCUGAAGCUCUUCUUCCUGCUGCUGUACUUCGUGGUUCUGUUCGUGCUGAGCCGGAUCUUCGAGGCGGUGGUCUGGUAUGAGACCGGCGUGUUCGCCACGCAGCUCGUGGACCCGGUCACGCUGAGCUACAAGAAGCUGAAGACCAUCCUGGAGAGCCGGGGACUCGGACACCCCGGACUGCCCGGGGGGAAGGACGUCAGCGAGCUGGUGGAGAAGUCCGGAGAGCUGACCCAGGGGGAGUUAUACUCGGCCAUGAAGAAGGAGAAGGAGCAAUCGGAGGCUGGAGAUGUUGAAACCACUCUCUUCAACGGGGAGGCGCACUUCUACGAGCUGGUGGAGGACACCAAAGACGGCAUCUGGCUGGUUCAGGUCAUCGCCCAGAAUCGAGAAGCUCCGCUCAGCAAGUCCAGCUGGGGGAAGGUGGUUCAGAAAGUGUCCCAGUUUGGGAUAAGAACUGGAACCUUCAACUGCUCCAGUGACCACAGGUCGUGCAUAAAGCGAGGCUGGCAGCGCUCCACCCUGGUCAUGUCGGCUCCGCAGACGUCAGCGUCAAAAGGAAAGGUUAUGCUGAAAGAAUACGACGGAUGGCGCAUGGACACGGAGCACAUCUUUCGCUGGAUCACAUCCCACGUGGCCCACCGGAUCAAGACACUGCGCCGCUCCGACCAGCUGAUGGAGGAGUGGCGCUCUGACUCGGAUCACCCCGUUAAGAUGUUUCUGUUCGCCCGCCUGCCGCAGCCGCCUGCCUUUUUUUCCUCGCUGUCCGUCAAAUUCACCGGCAGGAUUGACUUCAUCUUUGUGGACGUCUGUCGCUGGAGCAACUUCAGCAGCCUAUCGGCUAUUGGUGUGACACGAAGCCCCGCCUACAUUCUGAAGAUGCCUGAAGGCACCUAUCACUAUGGCAACAGUUUUGGGGAGUUCCUGUCCCUGGCGUCCAUGGACGUGUUCCUGCGCUCGGUCCAGCCUGAAGUCAACGACCUGUUUGUGCUCAGUCUGCUGCUCAUCAACCUGCUGGCCUGGAUGGAUCUCUUCAUCACUCAGGGAGCAACUGUUAAACGAUUUGUGGUUCUGAUCCGAACUCUGGGAACCUACAACUCCAUCCUGCUGGUGUCUUGGCUUCCCGUGCUGGCCCUGCUGCAGCUGCCCUACUUGGACUCUCUGUAUGGUUACAGCCUGAAGCUGCUGCGUUACGCCGACACCACCACGCUGGCCAGUUUGGUGAGAGCCGAUUGGAUCUUCUACUCGUCCCACCCUGCUCUCUUCCUGUCCACGUACCUGGCCCACGGCCUGCUGGUGGACUACUUUGAGAAGAAGCGGCGCUGCGGAUCCAGGAGCCAGGAGGACAGCUCCACCAAUCUGGAGUGGCUGGCCAGCCUGUGGGACUGGUACGCCUCCUAUCUGCUGCACCCCAUCACCUCCUUCCAGCAGGUUCCGUCGGACCUGUCGGACUGGGAGGAUGAUCCCAGCUUCCUGUUCGAGCGCCUGGCAUUUCCGGACCUAUGGCUCCGCCCCUUAGUGAAUAUGGACUACAUGAAGGCUUUACCCACCUGGAGGCUGUCGGUGGACACCCCCUCACCUCCUGCAGGUCCCUGCAGAGACGGCAGUAAAGGCCCGCCCCCUUUAGGCCACCACGACUACAGUGUGUCUACCGGUUUGGCGCCCCACAGUGGCUGUCACAAAGAAGGAGCAUCAUCAUCAUCAUCAGUCAACAGAAAGCCUGAGGAUGGAGGAGGGGGCGUGUCCGGCCGGGAGCUCUGUGAUUGUUCGGAGUGGCCCCCUUCUGUCCUGCCGUGCUCCGAGUGCGUGGUGUGUCUGGAGAACUUUGAGGGCGGCGAGCUGCUGAUGGGGCUGCCCUGUGGCCACGCCUUCCACCAGCACUGCAUCGUGGUGUGGCUGGCCGCCGGCAGGCACUGCUGCCCAGUAUGCCGCUGGCCCAGCUACAAGAAGAAGAGUGCCGUAACCCCCCCUCUGGACUGACCCGGCCUUUAGGUGAAGGAAGAAGAUGGUGGUCCUGAUAAUUUCCCCCUAAUCCAGACCAAGCAGGUUUCAGUGCUGAGGCUCCACCUGCAGCAGCAGCAACCCAAAGUCCUGAUCUAGAACUUGGUUUUCGAGGAUCCAGCCCUCGAUGGGGCCGGAUCAGCAGAUCUUCAGGUUUCUGAUGUGUUUGUCCGUUGAGCUUCGCUGUGUCUCCUUCGUUUGUGUUGCUGAACAUCUUCAGACGAUGAGCUGUUGAGAAGAUCCCAAUGAUUGUCACAACCAGAAAGUCCUUGUCCUGGAGAAACGGCCGGAACCAGAGUCCAGCACACUGCUCGUCUCAUAUCAGAACCACCUUAGGAGGUCAUGAAGUCGAGAAGAAAUGUAGUAGACCGAGAUCUGGAUCAGAACUUUGCACCAGAACUGCUGAGUCCCCCUCCUCCCUCCGCCCUGCUGUGUUAAAUACUGGAGUUGUGUGUAACCUUUGCUGGUGGACUUUAGCAACAUUAAAUAUUUAGAGUUCAAUAAAGAUCUGUGAAGGACUA